GACACCAAGAGUGCAGAGCCGCUACGUUGCCUCAUCACCGCCUUACUCAUCUUUUUCAUUCUACACUAUUCUGUCCCUUUCUGCACAUCUGCUUCACUGCCGCACUGGUACUCGCUUAUCCACGUCUUCAAUCGCCCUUCGCUUCCUCCCUCCGCUCCGCUCCUCUCUCUCUCUCUCUCUCUCUCUCUCUCUCUCUGCUUGUGCUGUGCGUUGCGUUGCGUCUUGAUUGCCAUGGCAAUGGCACUGGCAUUGCCACUGGCAGGCUCAUCCUCGUUGCGCUCCUGCGGCUCUCGAGCAGCCGCUCUGCCUCCCGCUUGCAACCGUUCACCUUCGUCGACAUUCUUUUCUCCCCUGCCUCGCUAUCAUACCCUCCUCCCCGCCCUUGCAUUGCCACCGCUGCAUCACCACCGGAAGUGCAAUGUCACCACCACUGCCCUUUUUGGAAAAAGCAAAGCAACGCCCAAAACUACUCGGGCCACCGUAAUCCCCGACCCUGACUACCGGAUCCCUAUAAUUCUUCUGGGAACGGCUGGAGCACUGCUCUACCAAGACAAUUUGCUUCCUGCAGCUCCAAUUGGCCUUCUGGGCUUGCUCCUCUUAGUCCAGACUACCAGAGUGAGGUUCGUCUUUGACGAUGAAGGUUUGGAAGUGAAGGUUGGAAAGGAACUGGAUGAAUCGGGUGAGAAUGUCUUCGUUGGAGGCAAGAAUAGGUGGAGCUAUUCAUCCUUUGUGAACUGGGAGCUGUGGUGGCCAAUCUUCCCCGUACUUGUUUACUUCAAGGAGACUCAGACAAAACCAGAAGGCCAGAUUCACUUCUUCCCAGUUAUCUUCAAUGGAAACCAGCUAUAUGAUGUGAUGGUGGAGCGCGCUGGCCCCUCCAAGACUAGCGGUCCUAAAGAGUAGCUUGAGGAAUAUGUAUAAAAUUGUAUGCAGAUCUUGGUUAUUUCAAUCUACAUUUUCGGUUCACGCAAUGUGGUUUCGGAAUGCAUCUUCUAGUGAUUGAAGUGCUAUUGUUACUAUUGUAUUUUUAUUUAUUUGAUUUCACCAAGUAUUGUAAUAUUUAAACAUAAAUAAAAAUAAAAUCUAGUAAUUGUCACAAA